UAUUCAUAUUUAGGGUGUAUUCACCUUUAAAUGCCCCCUGUGAAGAGCCAGCAGAGACCAGUCCAGCAGACAUCAGAGGAGACGCUCCUCAGCAGCUCUCACCUGCAGACACCAUGGACUGAUAAACAGCUCUGUUUGAGGCGAUGUGCAGAUUUGUUUGUCAUGGAAGCGGAAAUAAUACCAAAAUUCUCCUCCAAAGACGAGGAAAUUGACUUCUGGAAGGCUCUUUCCCUCAAGUACAAGGAAGGCUGCCAGGAGGCCCGUGAGGAGCUGCUGGAGUUCCAGGAGGGGAGCCGGGAGCUGGAGGCCGAGCUGGAGGCCCAGCUGGGCCAGGCCGAGCACCGCAUGAAGGACCUGCAGUCUGAGAACAACAGACUCAAGAACGAAGUGGAAACAAUCAAGGAGAGGUUUGAGCAUCAGUACGCUCAGAGCUACAAGCAGAUCUCCAUGCUGGAGGACGACCUCGGACAAACACGCAGCAUCAAGGAGCAGCUCCACAAAUACGUCCGAGAGCUCGAACAGUCCAACGACGACCUGGAGAGAGCCAAAAGGGCGACCAUCGAGUCUCUGGAGACCUUCGAGCAGCGUCUGAACCAGGCCAUCGAGAGGAACGCCUUCCUGGAGAGCGAGCUGGAUGAGAAGGAGUGUCUUCUGGUUUCUGUGCAGAGAUUAAAGGACGAAGCCAGAGACUUGCGGCAGGAGCUGGCCGUACGAGAGAGGCACUCCGAUGUGACCAGGAUGUCCGCUCCCAGUUCGCCCACGCAGGACGGCGAGAAGAUGGACACUGCUGUUCAGGCGUCCCUCUCUCUCCCCGCCACCCCGCUGAGCAAAGAUCUGGACAACGCCUUCGCCAACCCAACAGUUCUAUCAAACGGUUUUGGCAGCAACUCUCCGUUGACUCCUUCUGCCAGAAUAUCGGCCCUCAACAUCGUCAGUGAUUUACUCCGGAAAGUCGGGGCUCUGGAGUCAAAGCUCGCCGCUUGCAGGAACUUUGCCAAGGACCAGAAAGCGAGGAAGGCGUAUGCUCUCGACAACAGCAACGCGCUCAACGCAAACACCGCCAACUACUCGCAAUCACUCCACUCAUCAUAUUUUGACAAAGCCAGGACAGAGAUGGUCACAUUUCCUGCAUUGAUUCUGGCCGGCCGAUAAACGGACUGAAAGCCGGCCCCCUGGCAGCCAUCACGGCCCCGCCUGCUGCCUCCUCCCCGGGCUUAGUGCCCCUCGCUGUGUGACGUAAACCCAACGCACCCGUCAAAGAGAAGGCCUCAGACAAAUACUGUAAAACUUUAUUGAUGUACUGUUAUCCCGGGGCCCUCUCUGUUGUUCUGACCCGAUACGCUGUAACUCCGGGUCCCUGUCUGUAUAUCUCAUGUGUUUCUGUAUCUGCUGUUUGCUCACUGGCUUGUACAAAGAUCUACUCUUCACAUAUUUAACAAUUCCUCGAGGAUCUCUCACCCUGAUUUGUGAAAUGUGUGCACCAUAUCAUCUAAAAAGGGAAAUAUUAUGCAAUUCAAAUGUUGUUUUUUUUUAUUAUUUAACAGCUUUUUUCACUACUUUGACUAGCAAUAAAUUCAAUUAAGUCGAGUUAAGUGCACACUCUAUGGUACAGUAAAUAACCAGUUUAAUGGGUUGGCACAAGUGCAGAUGGCCUCCAUCAAUUAUUGAUGUUUUCCAAAUAUCCAACAUGUGAGCCUCACAGGUUAAUGUUUCCAGCAUUAUCUGUGAUUUUAACUGUUAUCUUGUGACCUGUUUUUAUUGGCUUUGACGCUGUUUUUAAAAGAAGGGAAGGAGAGUCUUUGUGUCCUUGUAGUGAGUCAAACACACCAUCUAUCCUCUGAGCUAUGUGACAUGAUGUGUACAGUAUUGGUCAUAUUGAUCGUUAUUUAUAGGCAGCCAUUGAAGCGGCGCUGUCGUGUUCAGACCAGUUAACCAGCAUCCUUGUCUUCUGUAGUCAAACUGUUUUAUCCUGCUUUUUAAAGGCUUUGAUUUAUUACACAACACGUUUUUUAAGUUCUGUCCACGAGUGAAGCACUUUGUGACUUCGUGUGAACUCACUUUUUUUAUUUUUUCAUUCAAGUGCAAUAUUGCCUGUUUGUUUUAGUUUGUGGGUUUAAUUUAUUUCUUUUACAGCAUGUUUUAAUAAAAGGUGUUAUUAUACUUCAUCUGUUAUGUUUGUAAUGUUUCAAUCCGUUCUUACUGUGGAGGAAAUUAGAAAUUAUUUUCAGUUAGAGCUACAACAAUUGAACUAUUAUGAAAGUGAUUAAUUGUUUGUUAUUUUUCGUGCAAAAACUUGAUCAUUCUCUGGUUCCAGCUUCUCAAAUGUGGAUAUUUGUUGUUUUUCUUUGUUUUUAUAUGAUUGAAUUAAAUAGAAUUUCUUUGAGUUUCAGUUAGCUGGUUGGACAAAAGAAGCAAUUUGAAGACGUCACAGACGUUUUUCAUUCUUUUACGAGUAAUCGAGAAAAUAAUGAGCUGAUAAAUCGAUGAUGAAAAUAACUCUCAGUUGGAGCUCUAUUUUCAGUAUCGAGCUAAGACUUGCACCAUUUGCCCUUUAAGUUAAGUAGUCAACGCUGCGCCCUGGUGGGCUAAAAUGUAAAUACAAGAAAAAGGAGCUGAUAUUAAGCAUUUCUUUUAAUUAUGUCUCAAAACAGACACAAAAUAGAAGAUAACAUUUCCCGUUCAUGUGUGUGAAUUAUCCAACAAUCAUCCACCGAUGCUUCAUUUAUCAAAACACAAACAAUUUGGCUUCUUGCACGACAGACGGAUGUCUCCAGUACAGAUGUCUUCAGUACAGAUGUCUCCAGUACAGAUGUCUUCAGGCUGUGUACAGGAGGAUAUUCAUGUAGAGUCCACAUCUGUAGAGUCUGAAGAAUAGUGUAGUACAACAGUGAGGUCAGUAAUAGUUCAGCUGCUGUCUCCUCUCUUCUUCUUGGCCUCCUCGAUCUGCCUCAUCCUCCUCUCCAGGACCUCCAUCCUCUUGGCUUCGUUGCGUUCUCGCUCCUGAGCCCUGAGCUCCUCCACAUCCUCAAAGAACCGG